AUGUCGCCUUUUAGCUUUGCUGCCUUCACUCCUGCUGCACCCCCUGACUCAGGUAAGGAUCGGAUCCUUGUGGAAUGGAAGGGACUGGAGGAGAGGGUGAUUGCUGAGGCUAAGUGCCUCCUGGAUGAUAAGGAAGAGCUGCAGGAUGAAUGGAGGAUGUGGUGCAAACAUUGGGCCGAUAUUAUGAGAGUGCUAUCCGACUACACUGACCGGGGCCGCGCCCAGAAUGUCACACUCGCGAUGUCCGAUGAGGCAAGGGCCGCUGGGAUUGUCGCUAAUGAGCAGUACAAACGAUGGGGUCGUGAAUGUGAGGCCCUUGAAGUGCACAUGAAGGAUCAUGAGUCCCGUGAGGUGCAGAUGGGUAUUGACUCCCCCCCAUGUGCCCGUACCGGAUCCGCCCCUGCGCAACCGCCAUCAACGGAUGGGACGGGCGGAUCUGCAUCCCUCGCCCCCCAGAUCAACCAUAUGAAGAUGGAGGUUGCUAUCCCGUCCAAGUCCACCGUUGCUCAGAAGACCGUUACUCACGAUCCACCCUGCAUGCGUUGCGUCAAGGUGAGGAGAAGCGGUCCUGUAAUGUGUGCAAUGCGGUCCAUCAGAAAUGUGAAUCUUAAGGGCAAGGUAUCAGAUGCGCCCACCCUCUCUGCUAGUGCUAGUGGAUCCCUCUGUCAGACCGUCUCAUCUCCUGGCUUGGCUGUUCCGUCUGGCAGUGAGCCGGAAGUCAUUGAGGCCCCUGUGAAGCGCACCACCCGCAACACACGCAAGGCAGCAGAACCCAAGGGUAAGGGUAAGGGUAAGGGUAAGGUGAAGGAAGUUGUCCCUGCCACCCCAACAGUGGGGGAGUCGUCUGAUGAAGUGUUGCACUAUGAGAAGGGCGAGAUCGUGAAGGUUCAGCAUGAGUUGCACAUUGUGAAGGGCCAGCUCAUCAGCCUCUAUGAGUCUGCCUACAAGAUCUCCACUGAGGUGGGUCGCUUGGAGAGGCGUCUUGGGGGUCUCCUCUAG